UCGAGUCUUUUUCCACCCGAAAUUAAGGAAAGCAGCAGUCACUCAACCCAGUCCCUUGAAGGCCCUUCCUUCAUCAGCAAAAAAAAUACAACAUGAGGCACGAGCAGCUCGCCACCGCGAUCGCGGCAAUCUACCUCGCCUCGACCGCCGUCGCAACCCCCGUACCAGCACCCCAGGUCCCCCCCGACGCGGAAAUAGAAGGCGACCAAGACCAAGUGACCAUCAACCCCAGCCCGGAGACAAACAGCACCGCGACGCACCUCCCCAUAACCGCGACCAUCUUCUCCGGCGUCCCGGGCCCCAACCACUGCCGCGGCCGCAUCACAGCAGCCCUUACCCUCCCUCCUCCCGUAUCCGGUGGGGGCCGCACCGGCGCUCGGUGCUACGACCUCCCCGGCCGCGCCGGAGCGGGGUGCGCCUACUUCGUGGCCAACAAAGGCGACGGGUGCGAGGCGCGCCUCUUCGCCGAGCCGGGUUGCGCGGCGUACGUCAACACGGCCGUCUUCGUGCCCGAGGAGAGGAUCGUCGGCGGCCUGUGGAGGAGCCUGUCGGUCGAGUGCGGGAUUCCCACCCCGGACCCGGCGUCGUUGGGGGCUCCGCCGCUGGCGGAUCUGCUCGAGGGGGCGAAGGGGUUGCCGGGUUGACUGGGGGGAGGGGGAGAGGUUGCGGAUGAUGUCAUGCUGAAAGGGGGAUACCAGAUUCGAGAAAGGUUCUAGAUCUGAGGAGAGUUGCACGGAACGCAAGCGGGAGGGGUUGUGGCUUGACGAUGCGGCCUCUACUCCUUAGCUUGGC